UGAAGAUUAUAUUUUAGUGCCAGCGAGUUGUAUACAUAUCACAGUUUUUGUGUUAGGCAGAGAAACAUGAAAUAUUAUGAUAGUUUCUUGAAUCGAAUUGGACACUAACCGAAAUCAUGUGUACGAUAUUGGUAAUUUCUCUGAAACUAAUCUUAUCUCUUUGAUUAGAUAUUUAUUCAUUUUUACUGAAGAUUUUUUUGUAAUUAGUGACUAAUGUAAGUAAUGAAUUGACACAAUAGGCACGCACGCAAUGUCUAAUUCCGUCUGUAAAAAAGAGGAAGAAACGUUCCCUUUACACGAAUGUGUUUUCGUUGGAGACGUACGUAAACUAUCUUCAUUACUAAGAUUCAAUGACAUCACUUGCAAAGAUAAACAUGGCAAUACUGCUCUGCACUUGGCAGUUAUGCUGGGGCGCAAGGAAUGUGUACAACUUCUUCUGGCUCAUGGUGCACCAGUCAAAGUCAAAAACCUUGCUGGCUGGUCGCCUCUCGCAGAGGCUAUCAGUUAUGGUGACAGACAGACAAUAUCCUCACUUGUUCGCAAAUUAAAGCAACAAGCCAGAGAGCAAAUGGACCGAAGAAGGCCUGACCUAAUUAGAGCCCUUGCUCAAAUACAAGAUUUCUACAUGGAACUCAAGUGGGAUUUUCAUUCAUGGGUUCCAUUAGUUUCCAGAAUAUUGCCUUCUGAUGUCUGUAAAAUCUAUAAAUCGGGCUCUGGCAUCAGGCUGGAUACUACAUUGGUGGACUUUUCUGAUAUGAAAUGGGAGAGAGGUGAUAUUUCAUUUAUAUUUCAAGGCGAAAAGCCACAGGGUGAGGCUUUAACCGUUUUAGACAAUAAAGCUAAGGUAUAUCAAAGAGUUCGAUAUGAAGAAACAGAAAAUGAAAUUGAAGAUGAGGUGGAUAUAUUAAUGUCAAGUGAUAUUCUAGCUGCACAGAUGUCUACCAAAGGUAUAUUAUUUUCUAGGGCUCAGUCUGGUUGGAUAUUUCGUGAAGAUCGCAAAGAAACCGUUGCCGGUCUAUACAAAAGUGAUAUCUACACAAUCACAGGGCUAGUACUGGAAUCUCGAAAACGUAGAGAGCAUUUAUCAACUGAUGAUUUACAGAAAAAUAAAGCAAUCAUUGAAAGUCUUACAAAAGGUAACACACAAAAUUUGGACACUAAUGGUGAGCCAACUCGGCGUGCAUCUUUAAAUCCUCCUCCAGAAAGUGGAGUGAACUGGCAGACUUAUAUUGCAUCUCCUCCAGGACAGUAUCCCAGUUUAGGAAGGGAGCUAGUUUACAAAGAGUCCUCAAGGAACUUCCGGGCGACUAUUGCAAUGAGUGAUGAGUUCCCACUAAGUGUGGACAUGUUAUUAAAUGUUUUGGAAGUAAUAGCCCCUUUCAAACAUUUCGCUAAGUUACGACAAUUUGUAGCCAUGAAGUUACCCAAGGGUUUCCCAGUCAAAAUUGAUAUACCAAUUCUACCAACAGUUACUGCAAAAAUUACUUUUCAAAAAUUUGAUUUCCGUGAUAAUAUACCUGCUGAUUUAUUUGUUAUACCUGAAGAUUAUGUAGAAGAUCCUCUGCGUUUCCCUGACUUAUGACGUUUUGAUAUUCUAACACUGUUUGAAAUAAGUGAAAGGCCAAUAUGGCGACGUGAAGUGAAGCGUGGUCGAGCACAUCAUGCGACAAAGCGGAGUCUCUGCAGGUCAACUCAUGGCUUGCUCACUAUUGAAAUCCCAAUGUUAUUUGGUUUUGGCAGUUCUUAUUCCAGCCACUAUGUCCUAUUUGUGGAGUAGCUAAUUUUCUAUGUUUUGGAAUGUAAAUUACACAGUGAAACUAUCUUAUGAAGUAGAUUGUAUAAACAGUGUUAGAAUCACUAUAGUAUUAUAAAUUGCCACAAUUAUGUGUUAGAUAAAAAUUAGAUAAAUUGAAAACUGAUUUAUUGUAAAAUUACGACAGGCAUUUGCUUACAUUUACUUUGUUAUGUAAAUUCCAUGACAACAUUUGGUGUUCAUUUCAAAUUUUGUAAUGGAAUGCAUGUGGUGUCAUAUUUAUAACUAUUAAUUUUACUAUUCAUCAAUGGGGCCCAGAGCAUACUUAGUAUUGUGAUGUAUUAUUUUAUCUACUUUUUAAGCUCGUUGAAGUAUUUACAUUGGAAUUUAUUUACAUAUUACUAUUUUCAAAAAAAUU